AUGUAUACCGAGAAAGCUAAGCGUGGAAGGCACCAAGCGAUCUUUGAACCUGGCGAUUGGUUAUGGGUACACUUUCGUAAUGAAAGGUUUUCUAAGCAAUGGAAAUCUAACUUAGAUCCAAGAGGAGAUAGUCCAUUCCAAGUAUUAGAGCGCAUAUGCACUAAUUCUUACCGCAUCGAUUUACUUGAUUCGAGGACAAAUCCUUUUAAGGAGGGAGGAGAUGAUGCGAAUAUGGGAGAUAAGCACGUGAGCAAUGGAAUGGACGUGAAUAUCACAUUACCUCCUGGACCCAUAGCAAGGGAAGCUACAAAGAAAAUCAAAGCAUCGCUUCAACACUUAAUGAAACAAGUUGUUCGCGAAGGAAUGAACGCAUACGAAGAAAAGGCCAAGUUUGUGACAAAUGAAAAUCCAAUAGAUAAACCAGCUGCUUUUGAUAUAACAAAAUUUGGUGCAACAUCUGAUGGAAAAGCUGAUGCAAGCAAGGCUAUAAUGGAUGCUUGGAAAGAGGCUUGUGCAGCUGCUGGAUCUAGCAAAAUAUUGAUUCCAGCAGGAAAAUUCUUGGCAGGUAUAGUGAAUGUUACAGGUCCUUGCAAAGGGGCAAUAGAGGUUGAAGUUCAAGGAACCGUGCAAGCCCCACCAGACCUUGGAGGAGAUGCUUGGUUUAGUUUUAGCCAUAUUAAUCAAUUCACACUAUCUGGAAAAGGAACUUUAGAUGGUCAAGGAGAAGUUGCAUGGAAGGGAGAAUCUUGUGACAAAGAUCCAAAGUGCAAGAAAAAUCCUAUGAAUAUCAGGUUUAACUAUCUUAACCAAAGCUUAGUUCGUGACAUAACGUCUCUCAAUAGCAAGCGCUUUCACGUUACUGUAUUGGGAUGUGACAACUUCACAUUUGAAGGCUUCACAGUCACUGCACCUGAAGAUAGCGAUAAUACGAAUGGAAUCCAUAUUGGGCGAUCAAAGGGAGUGACUAUUUCUAAUACAAAAAUAGGUACUGGUGGUGAUUGUAUCUCUAUUGGUGAUGGAGCCCAAAAUCUUAAAGUUACAAAAGUUACAUGCGGACCUGGUCAUGGUAUCAGCAUAGGAAGUUUGGGCAAGUAUGAGAAUGAAGAACCUGUUUCUGGAAUCAAUGUUGCCGAUUGCACCCUUAAAAGUACAACUAAUGGUGUUAGAAUUAAAACGUGGCCUGCAUUAUUUCCUAAUAGUGCAUCUGAUAUUCAUUUCCAAGAUAUUAAUAUGGAAAAUGUCUCUAAUCCUAUUAUUAUAGAUCAAGUGUACUGUCCAUGGGAUAAAUGCAAUAAAAAGGAACCAUCUAAAGUCAAGAUUAGUGAUGUUAGCUUCAAAAAUAUAAAGGGAACUUCUGCAACUGCUCUUGCUGUUCAACUUAUUUGCAGCAGUGGAAUCCCAUGUGAAAAAGUGGAACUUACGGACAUUGACUUGACAUAUAGUGGUCCUCAAGGCCCAGCAAAAUCUGAAUGCAUUGAUGUUAAGCCAAUAAUUACAGGAAAGAUGAUUCCAGAGGGAUGCAAAUAA